AUGCAUACCUUGGUGCAGUUCUAUGAUCCACCACUAAGGUGCUUUACCUUCCAAGAAUAUCAGCUAGCACCGACACUGGAAGAGUAUUCUCAUAUCUUGGGUAUCAGGAUAAAGAACCAGGUGCCCUACAUCCGCACUAAGGAACUUCCUGAGUAUCGAGAACUUUCUGAAGCUCUGCAUAUGGGAAAGAAGGAGAUAGAAUCGAACCUGAAACCGAAGGGUGGAAUCCAUGGCUUCACCUCUAAGUUUCUCGUAGACAAGGCUAUCACUUUCGCUGAAGCUGGAAGCUGGACGGACUUUAACGCCCAUCUAGCUUUACUCAUCUAUGGGAUUGUGCUUUUUCCAAAUAUGGAAGAGUUCAUGGACUUGGCUGCUAUUCACAUCUUCUUGACUCGGAACCCGAUUCCCACUCUUCUUGCUGAUACUUAUUAUUCCAUUCACGUAAGGACUCAGAAGAAGAAAGGGACUAUCGUCUGUUGUACCCCUUUACUGUAUAGAUGGUUUAUUUUGCAUAUACCUAGUGAAGGGCCCUUCAUUGAGAACAAAGAUAAUCUAAAGUGGUCCCAGAGGAUCAUGUCCUUAGAAGCCGAAGACAUUCCGUGGUAUUCUCGAGUGUACGAUGGUGUUAAGCUUAUUCUUAAUUUUGGGGAUUUUCCUAAUGUGCCUCUUCUUGGCACAAAAGGAGGGAUCAACUACAACCCGAGGUUAGCAUUGCGACAACUUGGAUAUACUAUGGUGGACAAACCUGAUCUCGAAAGUGUAAAAGGUUUUGUUUUAUACGAAGGAGUCGAAGAACUAGAGUUGCUUAAGAAGAUUGUCAAGGCUUAG